AUGGGUGAUGACCUCAGCAAUAAGCAGGGUCUGCAGGCCUAUCUCUUUGGGGCCCCAGCUGGAUGGGCAGGUGGAUCUCAGAGGUGGGGCCAGCCUGACUGCAGGGUGGACCCCGCAGGCCUGCCUCCCUUUACAGCCGGGAAAGGGAAUAUGCCAGCAACAUAUUCUACCCCAGCAGUCCCCCAGGAGUUAUGUGCUCCUCUCACUCCUACUCUGCAACCAAUCACUCGAGUUCUGGUGGAGAGGGGCAGAGCCAAUGGAAAUGCUCGUUGCGGCAGCUGCCGGGUCCAAGCGCCGGUAGGCGGUGUCGGGGGCGGGGUGCGGGUGGGGAAUCAGUUGCCAUUUGGAGUGAGGAGCAGGCGGAGGCGGCGGCGGCGUUUGCGGUGGCGCGGAAUCCGCGGAGAGCCAGACACCUCGAGGCCCUUUCCUCCAGCCCAGAUCCCCAGAAACAGGGGUCCGGGCCCUCCCUGCAGUUGCCAGGCGAUCCCGCGCGUGCAGCCCUGCGAGGCAGCGAGCGGCCCCCGAGGCUGCGUGAUCCGGACUGUUGCCCCUCUCCCCUGUCAGCGCGAUGCCCGGGGCGGCGGCGGCGCUGGGCUCCUCGCGGCCCCGGCCGUGACCGCCACACCGAGCCCGGCCCGGCGGUUGGGGCCGUUGGGCGUUUGUUUUCGCAGCCUUCCCCUCCCCCCUCGCCGAGGCCGCGGGGGUGCGCGUUGGGAAGGGGGAGCCAAGAGACUCCUCCUCCUCCCCGAUACCCCCGCCCCUCCCCCUUACACACUCGCACGCACUAUCGCGCCGGCUCCCACACGCUCGCGCGCCGCCCGCUCCGCGCCUCGGUGUCGGCCAGCGUCGUCCCGGGCCCGCGGAGCCACCAUGUCCACUGCCUCCUCCUCCAGUUCCUCUCAGACCCCUCAUCCCCCGCCGCAGAGGAUGCGGCGCAGCGCCGCGGGCUCCCCGCCCGCCGCCCCCUCCGCCGGUAGCGGGAACGGAGCGGGCGGCGGCAGCGUGGGUUGCGCCCCGGCUGCGGGAGCCGGCCGGCUGCUGCAGCCCAUCCGCGCCACGGUGCCCUACCAGCUCCUGCGGGGCAGCCAGCACAGUCCCACGCGCCCACCCGCCGCCGCCGCCGCCUCGCUGGGUAACCUCCCGGGGCCCGGCGCGGCCCGCGGCCCCAGUCCGCCCAGCCCGACGCUGCAGCCGGCCGCGGCCCCAACCGAGCCGACGCCGCGGGCCAAGGGCCGCCCGAGACGGUCCCCCGAGAACCACCGGAGGAGCAACUCACCUGAGAGACGGAGCCCCGGCUCGCCCGUGUGCAGAGUGGACAGGCCAAAAGCUCAGCAAGUUCGAACCUCUAGUACAAUAAGGCGAACCUCUUCUUUGGAUACGAUAACAGGACCUUAUCUCACAGGACAGUGGCCACGGGAUCCUCAUGUUCAUUACCCUUCAUGCAUGAAAGAUAAAGCUACUCAGACACCUAGUUGUUGGGCAGAAGAGGGUGCCGAAAAGAGGUCACAUCAGCGUUCUGCAUCAUGGGGGAGUGCUGAUCAACUAAAGGAGCAGAUUGCCAAACUGAGGCAGCAGCUACAACGUAGUAAACAGAGCAGUCGGCACAGUAAAGAGAAAGAGCGUCAGUCACCUCUUCCUGGCAACCAUGUAACCAUCAAUCACACUCAGGCUACUGGAUCAAGAUCAGUCCCUAUGCCACUGUCAAAUAUAUCAGUGCCAAAAUCAUCAGUUUCACGUGUGCCCUGCAAUGUAGAAGGAAUAAGUCCUGAAUUAGAAAAGGUAUUCAUUAAAGAAAAUAAUGGAAAGGAGGAAGUGUCCAAGCCUUUGGAGAUCCCAGACGGCCGAAGGGCCCCGCUCCCCGCUCACUACCGGAGCAGCAGCACCCGCAGCAUCGACACGCAGACCCCCUCCGUGCAGGAGCGCAGCAGUAGCUGCAGCAGCCAUUCUCCGUGUGUGUCUCCCUUCUGUCCCCCAGAAUCCCAGGAUGGGAGCCCUUGCUCCACAGAAGAUUUGCUCUAUGAUCGUGAUAAAGACAGUGGGAGUAGCUCACCGUUACCCAAGUACGCUUCAUCUCCCAAACCAAACAACAGCUACAUGUUCAAACGGGAGCCCCCAGAGGGAUGUGAGCGAGUGAAGGUCUUUGAGGAAAUGGCGUCUCGUCAGCCUAUCUCAGCCCCUCUCUUUUCAUGUCCUGACAAAAACAAGGUUAAUUUCAUCCCAACCGGAUCAGCUUUCUGUCCUGUAAAACUUCUAGGCCCUCUCUUACCUGCCUCCGACCUGAUGCUCAAGAACUCUCCUAACUCUGGCCAGAGCUCGGCUCUGGCCACUCUGACCGUCGAGCAGCUCUCCUCCCGAGUUUCCUUUACAUCCCUUACUGACGACACCAGCUCCGUGGGCGCCACGGAGGCCUCCGUCCAACAGCCGUCCCAGCAGCAGCUCCUGCAGGAACUGCAGGGUGAGGAACACAUCUCUGCUCAGAACUAUGUGAUCAUCUAAAGUGAAGGGAGAGCUGGCCUCUACCCUACCUUCAUGGAUUAGGAACUAGACCUCAGACAUCUUAUCUGCAUGGAGUGACAAACUUUUUGAACACCACCACCACCACCAACAGAAUACUUAUCAGCAUCAUAAAGUAUCUCUUGACACUGAUCUUGGCAGGGACGGAACUCCUAUUCAGCAGUUUUUGUGGAAAGCAGUAAUGCUUGCAAAAUGUGUGUGUCAUUCAGCAUUUUAAGUGGAGACUAUGCAUUUCAUAGUAUGUUUGACAGAGUAGUAGUGUGUCCUGUGUUUUGUUCCAAAUUCUUCAGUAUAAAUAAGCUCUAUAUCAAAAAGUUGCCUGUCUAAAUAGAAAAAUGUCUUGCUGUGUUUUGUCCUAUGGAAAAUACUGUACUUCAGGAUUAUGUUUACAAUUGAUCCAGGUGUUUGUUUCUAACUUCUGUAAUACAUACAAUGCAAAAAAAAUAAAUAAAUAAAUGGCCACAACAGUUGCACAGUGCCCACCCUAUGGCCUAGCUUCAGGUACUUCAGUUGAAGUCUAAACUCAGGUAACUUGGAAUGUAUAUCAUAUUGGGAUAUUAAAUAUUUCACAGCUAAAAAGCUAAAGAGGGAACAUCACUCUUUUGCCUUUCCUUAUUUUCUGCAUUUCCCUUUCCUCAUUACAUUCCACAUUCUUAGAAUAAGAAGUGCAUUCAACCCUAGGAGAACAAUAAUCCUGGACAUGGGUGAACAUGAGGAGAACCAGCAAAUCUGUGGUGUCUGACAUCACUUUUGUCAUGCGGUUACAAGUAACACAACUGUUGAAUCCACUGUUUCAACAUGUGUAGAUGUGGCUUUUUUUUUUUUUUUUAAACAAGUUCAGGUGUUGCUCAGUUAAUGACUGUUCUAAUGUUGCAAAUAAAGCGUCUGAUACCAGGCUGUAUGUAAACAUUCCAAUUGUGUGUAAUGGGAUUUAAAAACAAGAAAGUCUAGGUUUGAUUUCCAAACAAGUGAACUUCCCCAGGGGAUGGUGGAGAUUUCUUGUUUAUGUUGCCCAUCAGGGUCAUGAAAUGCCAUUGUUUUAGCUAAAGGCAUAUUAGUGUUCAGUUUCACUUUUGGAAAUGCUUUAAUUUGCAGGUUGAAAAAUGACACGCUUUUGGUUAAUUGUUUUCCUCAAGCACUUGAGGUGUGCGAGCCGCAUUUGUGUGGAGAGAGAGCAUGCGGGUCUCAGAUGCUGUGCACAUUAGGAAGCAGGUUCUUUGGUGACUUACAUGGCGGUCGCACACAGCUGCCUCAUUGCGUCUCUCCUCACAAUAUCAUGGAUAGUUCUGGUAGUAUUUGGGAUGUGCAAAGUAAAGCCUAUACCCAAGUAAGCAGUCUUGAACUCACAGACUUGACCCGAAUUCUCAACAGUGUGACGAGAGCCCUAGAUACUCUUGAGUGGUCAGUGGAAGAGCCCAGCUCUCAGACUUUGUUUUCUGCGGCACAAAGAGAGUAUCCUAAAGCAGAGGGAGGUUUUUGUAUUUUUAUUCCAUUGCUUCAGUUCAGUAAAACACAGAGUUGUUUCAUCUGUACCUACUACAGUAUAUGGCACAGUUUUCUUAACAGGGGAAUAGGUGCCUACAGUUAUAGGAACGUUUCAGUUCCUUUCAGUCAUUCCUCGGGAUUUCUUUGUUUUAUUUCCUAAGGAGGGUGAAGAAAAGAAGAAGUGAUAAAGAAGAAAGCAACACCAUUGAUUUUUUUUUUUUUUUUUUUUAGAAAUGGUAUAUAUAUAUGUAUAUGUUUGUGUGUGUAUGUAUUCUGUGUAUUAUUUUUUCAUGAUUCCAAUUAUCUUCUUUCCACCAAAGUUUGCAGUAAUAUUCUCUCCUGAAGGUGCAUUCUGGCUCCUUUAAAUUAGUCAGUGUUAUAUUGUAGGAGACUGUCAUGGAAAAGGACUCAGUUUACUUUUGCCAUUUUCACAGGGGAACCUUUUAAAACAAUCUCUUCAGCAGCAGACACCUUUAACCCUAAUAAUCUCAGGCCUUGAUGAAAAUACUAUAUUUUGUAGAUUAUGGUUAAAGGGAGAAAAUUAUUCUGUAAGAUAAAUAUGAGCUCCAUUAACUUCUGAUAUCUGGUUUAGCAUUACAUAAUGUAUUGAUCUUAUGCUCUGCUUUUGUCCAAAUAAGAUGCAAUAGUAUCAAUAUCAAUUUCUGAAAGAUGGACUGAAUGCUUUUUUGGUGAUGAAAUCUGAUGUACGAUAUUUAUAGUGACAUGUGCUUUUAUUUUCUCAUGAGAAACUAAAUAUUAAUUGUGUUGUACAUUUGUUCUUAGCAUAUAUUAAAGUUCCGAACCAAAUGUGUUAAAGCUUAUGCUUUGCCAUGUAAAUUUCCCAGAAGUUGUUGAGCUCAAAUGUAUCCUACAUCCAGCUGUAGAAAUUUGUCAGAAAUUGUUUAAAUUUUGUACAUAGUUGUACUGUUUAAUUCUAGCCACUGCGCUGAACAGUAUUCGAGUUACCAUACAAUAUGGCUUUACACAAGGAAAUGUGUGGCUUUUGUUUUGUAUUUUUUCAGUAUAGAAGUUCCUGUGUCUUAUUUAAAUAAAGUUAUUAGUAAAACCAGAA